GAUCGAGUUGGCUCAUUAACAAUUCAGUUUCGUUAACAAGCCUGGAGGGAAAAAGGACACAUCACCCAAAGGCACAGGGAAUCGCACCAUCGUGGGACCCGUACAGCGCACCGCCCAGCCGCCGGAUCUGCGCCGGCGACGCGCCCGGACGUCGGAUCUACGCCGCCGCAGGAGGGGGGAGGCGGCGCUGUGGCCGUUCUCUGCCCGUGAGCGCCCGGAUCCGUCCCGCCGCAAGGAUUAUGGAUCCGAAAGAGAAGCCAAAUGUAUCGAGCAGUCCACCAACACCACGGCUGGACUGCAUAAAAUGCUUUGAUAUGCUCUGGUUCUGUUACUCACCAUUCCACCAGAUGCAGAAUUAUUACCGGUAUGGGGAGUUCGACACCUGCUUCGGCAAGUGGGGCGAUCUUAUGGGCUGCCUCGCUCUCAAGACAAAGCGGAAGGCAGAGGUGGAGGAGAUCCUCAUCGCGCGGGAGAAGGCCAAACCACAUAUCUGGACCUACCGGACGGUCGAUGAGGCAUCGGAGAAUUGGUGGCGGAUGUACAAGCAUGCUGUGAUGAUGUCACCACUGCCAGGUUCUGCUCAGCUUCCUCCCAGGUCCGAUGAAUCUUGAUAGUCGAGGGGAUUUGUGCAAGUGUUUUGUUUGCGCUUAUGUCACAUUAUGGCAUUAGCGAUCAUUUCUGUUCAAAAUCUUACUGUAAACUACAAUACCAAGAGAUGGAACCAUUGAGGUAGGCAGAACAUGUACUGCUGAAGAUUGAGAAUUUGAAAUCGCCUUGGAUUCAGAAGCAAAUAAAUGAACGAGGUUUCCUUUA